GGUGGUGAGCUCAUCUCCCGUACCGUAGCAGCGUGUUUUUCUUGUUUCGCGAGUAGCUAGUGUAGGUGUAGGUUAGUGGUCGUGUGCCUCAGCUAGUCUAGUCGUUUGUGCUAGUACAAAAUCCGGGAGAAGAGCAAAACAAAACCCUCGUUGCGUUUCCUGCGGGAGAAUCCGAAUCAGCGUGCCGUGCCGUGUCGUCGUCGGUCGUCCUUUUAGCUGCUACUGCAUCCGCGCUCUCUGCUCACCGAUUCAAAGACCACCUGAGAGUGUGUACAGCGUUGACCGUGUCCUGUGAUCCAGAGGGAUUCAGUCUUCUUUCGGAAACGGGACUCGCGUGAGCUAUCAUCAGGUGCUCCUCCGUCGUUCGUCGUACAAGUUCAAGAGUGGAAGUGGAAGUGGUGGGUCACGAUUGUUGCCGUUGUGCUGCCGUGUGUGUCGAAUUCCUGUAAAAGGGAAGAGAGCAGUCUGCUGACAGGUUCUAGCGGUUUGUGCGGUUGAUUGCCCGGCUGAGCGGAAGAACGAAGAAGCAUUCGAGCAGCGGUGUGACAACUGGCAAAGGCAAAAGACCUUCGAUCCCCCAAAACGUGCAGAAAGGUGUGACAAGUGCUUCUUCUUUACUAGCCCUGGGUAGCAGUGAUCGGCAGCAGCAGCAGCAGAAGUUGGAAGAAGUAGGCUUUUAAUAGCUGAAAGAUUUCGCGUGGCCCAAAUUGGAGAUCCGGAUUCUGAGAGGUUUUUUUUGUGAGUGAAAAGUGCUGGUCCGUUGAAGAAAGUGUGUGGUGGCUCGUGCAGAUCGUGAUUGUGGAGAAAUUGUUCUAAUUAGAAUCCAAGGAGAAGGUAAAGUUUGUGUCUCCCGGAAUCAAUCCUCCUACGAGUGUGUUUUGGGUGAUUUUGUGUGUUCCGAGAGCAAGAGAGAGCCACAUAAAUCGAAGGGAAAAAGCGCUCAUCUCCCGCAGUAGAGUUUUAUUUUUGCGUGUCGGUGAUCCAAAGCGAAGAAAAAUCCUUUAAAAAAAAAUCUUACGCCAGCUUUCCCAGCAGCAGUGGUGCAGUGUUCGAAGUGGUGGAAGGUUGUGAUUUCGUUCCGGUGUUGUUUUGAAUCGUGUUCCUGUUGGUGGUCUGUCCGAAGAUGGCGCCGGGUGUCUGUGUCCGCAAGUGUCAAAUGCUGCUAAAGCUGGACCUGUAUCGUUGUGGAUUAAACAAAACAUUUGCUGCCAGUUUCCAUCAACUGCUGCAGAAGCAGCAGCAGCAGCAAUAUCAACUUUACAACAAUCAUCAGCAGCACCGGCAGAAUCGGCGGCAUGAGCAGCCGACUGCAUUCGGCAUUGUAGUAGCCACGGAUCCCUGGCAUCGAAUAGCAGCAAAAGGAUACUGCACCGGCACCAGCAGCUCAUCGGCGUCAGGCGAACAACAGAAUCCCAGCAGUAGUGUCAGUGAAGAAGUCAUCGUCAAGUACGUGAGGGGCCUUCCGCACAUCACCGUUCCACUGCCAAGUCGCAACGAGCAAUGCCAGUUCACAUUACGGCCGGUGACGCACAGCGUGGGGGACUUUUUGGAGAUGCUCAAGGUCGAGGACCGCGGAGUGGACCGGGCCACCGUGCUGAAUCGGGACGGCGUCCGGAUAGCGUCCGCCUGUUCGAUCGAAACCCUGAUGGACGAUGAGUUUUGGUUGCACCUCAACGACAGACAAUACUACGUGAGACCACCGAAACGUGAUAGAAUUACCUCAGAAGAACUCACUAGACUAGGCGACGUGCAAGCACUGGUGGCACAGCUGUACGAAGCCCUGAACGUAAGCGAACACCAAAUUAGGAAAGAGCGAGAACUGAAUAGCAAACUGGAGGAGCUCAACGAGAAGCUGAGCCCAAUGGAAGUGAAAAAGAUCGAACUGGACCAGAAGGCAGUGCGUCGGACGAGCGUCCUGACCUGGGUCGGGCUGGGUUUGAUGUCGGUGCAGUUCGGGGUGCUGGCACGGCUAACCUGGUGGGAGUACUCCUGGGAUAUCAUGGAACCGGUGACGUACUUUGUCACAUACGGGACGGCGAUGGCCGCGUACGCAUACUUUGUGCUGACCAAGCAGGAAUACAUCCUCCCGGACGUCAAGGACCGGCAGCAUCUGAUUACGCUGCACAAGGCGGCCAAGAAGGCCGGCAUCAACCUGGCCGAAUACAACGACAUCAAGCGGAAGGUUGCCGAAAUUGAGCACGACUUGCGCCGCCUAAGGGAUCCCCUGUACAUGCACCUGCCCGCUCCGCCUCCCAAAUCACCGACCUACAGUGCCACGGAAAUCGCCACCUCCAAGAAGCUGCUGCAUGAGGCACUAGAAAAUGCCAGCUCCAGCCGUGCCGUGUCCAAGCAAGCCGUGUCCAAAAUCAGCUCCCUGCUGGAGAGCACCGGGAGUCCAUUCCGGAGCAAAAAAUAAGAUUUCCUGAACCCGUCGUUAUUGUCGUCAUCGUCGUCGUCGUCGUCAGUGUCGCAGCUGACCACCAGCCACCCGCGGUUGGGCGGUCAGUCGGCGUUCGCUCUUUCUCUAGUAGUUCCCUUGAAAUUCCUCUCCUCUUCACAAAUCUUUACCGAUAGGAAACGCGAGUCGAGCUGGAGACAGAAAUGGUUUUCCCCACGACCAUACUUCUCGUUUGUUACAGAUUUUUAGUGGAAACAACAACGUCUAGAAAAUACAGUGCAAAGUUCGAUUUUCCUACUCCCUUCUCUUUAAACCUUUCAUAACUACCGAUUAACGAAAAGAAGAAUAACAAACAAAAAAAAAAACGCGAAAAUCACUCAAACACACACACACAAUCAUAAACUUAUUAGAUGAAAAAAGGAAAACAAUAGUUUAGAACAAGUAUUUGAAAUCAAUCUUAUAACGAAAGAAGAAAUAGGAAACCUAGCAAAACAAAGUUAUGAAAAUACAAGCCAACAAGCGCAUCACAUAGAGUUAGGUUUAGCUAGUUUGAGAAAUCAAGAAAGUAUUGUUGUUGGAUUUUGUGAACAAUUUGCGCCAUUUUGGUAGUUUUCGGUUUUUGUUUGUUUUGUUUUUUAGAAGUCGAAAGUGCUUCCACGGGACAAUGAAGAAUUGCUAGAAUAUUGUAGUUUGUUCGGUAGAAGCAGAAUCCAGCGUAUCAGUAUAAACAAUGUGUAGUGACCACGUUUGUACGACUUUUUCUCGAAAUCGAAAGUACUUAAUUUUAGUCCUUGAGCAGGGGACAGACGGCAAGACUAGUAGUAGUUGCUUCCGUCUGGUCCACCGCUUUAAAUGCAAUAGAAUUUUUUACACACCAAAUCUGUUAUACAUACCACAUGGGCCCUCUUAAAGCGUUCCUCAUAUUACUGUUCGAAGCGUUAGCGUUACAUUUACAUUUUUGGUUGAUUGGUUGGUUGGUGUCUACGGAAGCAGCGAGUUUUCCAUGCGUUGCGGUGGAAGAAUUAGCUGGAUAUACAUGCCGAGCUCGAUUGUUGCUUAUUUGGCGAUUAAGAUUAUCAACUUUGCAAAUUUUUCAAAUCAAUUGCACCACCUGCGUGGUAAUUGAUUAAAAUUUGUUUAAGUUAAUUCAAAUUUAAAACUUAUCUUUUUUUUACGAACUAUUGUUUCAUGGAAACACACAAUUUGAAUCUCAUUUUAUGCAAAAAGCACAAAAGUUGUCGUUGGCACAAAUCGAAAUAUGAUGUUCCAUUGGUUAUGGGCCGGGCAGAAUCGGAUUGUUUCGUUUGAUGUUUCUUUUUCUAGUAUUUUCUGCACACAAGCAAUAACAACAGUUUUACACGUAAGCCAAUGUUUGUGAACAUAUAUACUAACAUCUUAGGUUUAUUUAAUUCUGUUACAGCAUUAACGAUUGUAGGCUUUUUCAAUAAAUUAUGUUUUAUUAAUUUUCCGAUGGUUUGACCAAGUUCAUUUUUAUCUGUUCGUGCACUUGGUUGUACUCAUUUGA